UCACACUCGGCCAAGACCCAAAGGAGAAGAGAGAGGAAGCUCUGCAACUCCAUUUUCCAUAGGUGAACACGAGCUCAAACUCAAACAAGGAAAAAGAGGGAGUUUAAAGAAGGAAAAAGGCUAAGAAAGGUGUGUAGAAUUAAGGAACUUGUGAAAGGUAUUUCAAGUGAUUUCACAAAGUUGGAAAAGUCGCCGGAGUUGUCGCCGGAGUUGACCGAAAGUCGCCGGAGUUUCACCGGAGUUCAACCAAGAGGGGUAGAACUUCAUACGCUAGUUCAAGGUUGAAGCUAGAGCUUGCUACUUGCACCUUCUCACGGGUGAUAUCAAAUCAGGGAGACGUGAAAUGGAGGGCAGGCGAAUGAGGACCAGGAACAAUCCGAGGGGGCAGGCGCCGGUAGCAUCCCAAAGGGGAAGCCGGGCUGCAUCUCGGGGUUCGAGAGGAGGCCGUGGAGGCCGUGGAAGCCGUGGAGGUCAUCAAGCUCAAACUGUGAGUGAUGGCCAUGUGAGCUCGGUGUAUGAGACCAACACCGAAGACUACGACUCAACCUACGUGCCAGAGACAGAGCAUGAAGAGACCCCGUAUGAUGGGGGUGACACGUACACCGAUGAUGAUGAUGAAGAGAGUGAUGCCAAGUUCGCCCAAAUGGGCGAGUUGCUUGAAUGGUAUCAAAAAGAAAAACUGAGGAGAGACCUUAGGCGCCAAGCGAGGCGUGGCUCUCGUGGUGGUUCGGGUCAAGGAAGCCGGGGAGCUUCCGUGGCCACCCCAGC